GCGGCGGGAGCGGCGCCGAGCCGAGUUGCCUCCAUCCAUGGCACGGAGCGGCGGCGGCGGCAGGAGCCCGGCUCGAUCCGCUAGGUCACAGCCCCGCGCAGAGCGAGCAGACGACGCGGAGCGGCCCGGCCACAACCGGCCCGGGAGCACCGCGCAGACAGUCGGGCCGCGCCGCCGGGGGCCGCCCGCGCUGCGCUGACAGCCGCGCCCGCGUCCUCCCCGCCGGGGCGCUCGCCGGACAUGCCCCCGGGGCGCGGCGGCGGGGACCCCGGGGCUUGCCUCCGCCCAGGGCCCCCCGCUCCGCCCUCGAGCGCCCCGGGCCCCCGCUGAGCACGCCUCUCGCACGCCCGGAUCCCUCCGGCCGGCGCGCAGACGGGCCCCAGCGCUGUCGGUCCCCGCGGGGCGAUGGGCUGAUGGGCGCCGCGGGACGCAGGAUGCGGUGGGCGCCCGCGCGCCUGCUGCUGCCGCUGCUGCAGUGGCUGCUGCUUUUGGCGCCCGAGAUCCGCGGCGCGCCCGGCUGCCCGGUCCCUAUCCGCAGCUGCAAGUGCUCAGGGGAGCGGCCCAAGGGGCUAAGCGGCGGCGCCCCCAGCCCGGCGCGCAGGAGGGUGGUGUGCGGCGGCGGGGACCUCCCGGAGCCUCCCGAGCCCGGCCUUCUGCCUAACAGCACCGUUACCCUGCUCUUGAGCAACAACAAGAUCACCGGGCUCCGGAACGGCUCCUUCCUGGGACUGCCCCUGCUGGAGAAAUUGGACCUGAGGAACAACAUCAUCAGCACAGUGCAGGCGGGCGCCUUCCUGGGUCUGGGGGAGCUGAAGCGCCUAGAUCUCUCCAACAACCGGAUUGGCUGUCUCACCUCUGAGACCUUCCAAGGCCUCCCCAGGCUUCUCCGGCUAAACAUAUCUGGAAACAUCUUCUCCAGUCUGCCACCGGGGGUCUUUGAUGAGCUGCCAGCCCUUAAGGUUGUGGACUUGGGCACCGAGUUCCUGACGUGUGACUGCCGCCUGCGCUGGCUGCUGUCCUGGGCCCGGAAUCGCUCCGUGCAGCUGUCGGAGCGCACGCUCUGUGCCUACCCCAGCGCCCUGCACGCCCAGGCCCUGGGCGGCCUCCAGGAGGCCCAGCUGCGCUGCGAGGGGGCCCUGGAGCUGCACACGCACCACCUCAUCCCAUCCCUCCGCCAAGUGGUCUUCCAGGGCGACCGGCUGCCCUUCCAGUGCUCGGCCAGCUACCUGGGCAAUGACACCCACGUCCGCUGGUACCACAACCGGGCCCCUGUGGAGGGCGACGAGCAGGCGGGCAUCCUCCUGGGCGACAGCCUCAUCCACGACUGCACCUUCAUCACCAGUGAGCUGACCCUGUCUCACAUCGGCGUGUGGGCCUCGGGCGAAUGGGAGUGCUCCGUGUCCACGGUCCAGGGAAACGCCAGCAAGAAGGUGGAGAUCGUGGUGCUGGAGACCUCGGCCUCCUACUGCCCCGCUGAGCGAGUCGCCAACAACCGCGGGGACUUCAGCUCCCAAGGAGUCUGGCCUCACAGUUCUCAGGGCAGGGGAGGGACCCUUGCCCUGAGGAGCCCAGGUCAUCGGCAACCUCCCGCCUGUGCCCCCAGGUGGCCUCGAACCCUGGCUGGCAUCACAGCCUAUCAGUCCUGCCUGCAGUACCCCUUCACCUCGGUGCCCCUGAGCGGGGCUGCCCCUGGCACCCGAGCCUCCCGCCGGUGUGACCGAGCUGGCCGCUGGGAGCCGGGGGACUACUCCCACUGUCUGUACACCAACGACAUCACCCGGGUGCUCUACACCUUCGUGCUGAUGCCCAUCAAUGCCUCCAACGCGCUGACCCUGGCCCACCAGCUUCGAGUAUACACGGCCGAGGCUGCCAGCUUCUCCGACAUGAUGGACGUUGUCUACGUGGCUCAGAUGAUCCAGAAGUUUCUGGGUUACGUCGACCAGAUCAAAGAGCUGGUGGAGGUGAUGGUGGAUAUGGCCAGCAACCUGAUGCUGGUGGACGAGCACCUGCUGUGGCUGGCCCAGCGCGAGGACAAGGCCUGCAGCGGCAUCGUGGGCGCCCUGGAGCGCAUUGGGGGGGCCGCCCUGAGCGCCCACGCCCAGCACAUCUCUGUGAACUCGAGGAACGUGGCCUUGGAGGCCUACCUCAUCAAGCCGCACAGCUACGUGGGCCUGACCUGCACGGCCUUCCAGAGGAGGGAGGCCGGUGCGCCGGGCACCCGGCCCUUGGGUGCCAGCCAGAACCCCUCCCCUGAGCCGGAGCCCCUGGCCGACCAGCAGCUCCGCUUCCGCUGUACCACGGGGAGGCCCAACGUUUCUCUCUCGUCCUUCCACAUCAAGGUGGGCGCCGGGGGAGGGAGGACGCUGAGAGGGCAGAACAGCGUGGCCCUGGCCUCCAUCCAGCUGCCGCCCAGUCUGUUCUCGUCCCUCCCGGCUGCCCUGGCCCCCCCGGUCCCCCCAGACUGCACCCUGCAGCUGCUCGUCUUCCGAAACGGCCGUCUCUUCCGCAGCCACGGCAACACCUCCCGCCCUGGAGCCGCUGGGCUUGGCAAGAGGCGCGGCGUGGCCACCCCCGUCAUCUCUGCGGGAACCAGUGGCUGCAGCGUGGGAAACCUGACUGAGCCGGUGGCCGUCUCGCUGCGGCAUUGGGCUGAGGGGGCCGAGCCCGUGGCCGCUUGGUGGAGCCAGGAGGGGCCGGGGGGACCCGGGGGCUGGAGCUCUGAGGGCUGCCAGCUCCGCUCCAGCCGGCCCAACGUCAGCGCCCUGCAGUGCCAGCACCUGGGCAACGUGGCCGUGCUCAUGGAGCUGAGCGCCUUCCCCAGGGAGGUGGAGGGCUCAGGGGCAGGCCUGCACCCUGUCGUGUACCCCUGCACAGCCCUGCUGCUGCUCUGCCUCUUCUCCACCAUCAUCACCUACAUCCUCCACCACAGCUCCAUCCACGUGUCCCGGAAGGGCUGGCACAUGCUGCUGAACCUGUGCUUCCACAUGGCCAUGACCUCCGCCGUCUUUGCGGGAGGCAUCACGCUGACCAACUACCAGAUGGUCUGCCAGGCGGUGGGCAUCACCCUGCACUACUCUUCACUGUCCACACUGCUCUGGAUGGGGGUGAAGGCCCGUGUCCUCCACAAGGAGCUUACCUGGAGGGCACCACCUCCACAAGAAGGGGAUGCUGCCCUGCCCGCCCCCCGACCCAUGCUCCGGUUCUAUCUGAUCGCGGGAGGGAUCCCACUCAUUAUCUGUGGCAUCACAGCCGCUGUCAACAUCCACAACUACCGGGACCACAGCCCCUACUGCUGGCUAGUGUGGCGCCCAAGCCUAGGAGCCUUCUACAUCCCGGUGGCUUUGAUUCUGCUCAUCACGUGGAUCUAUUUCCUGUGCGCGGGGCUGCGCUUACGGGGUCCUCUGGCACAGAGCCCAAAGGGGGGCACCAGCAGGGUCUCCCUGGAGCCAGGGGAGGAGCUGAGGGGUUCCACCAGGCUCAGGAGCAGCGGCCCCCUCCUGAGUGACUCGGGUUCCCUUCUGGCCGCUGGGAGCACAGGGGUGGUGACGCCCGGGCCCCCGGAGGAGGGUGACGGUCUCUAUUCUCCAGGAGUCCAGCUGGGGGCGCUGGUGACCACGCAUUUCCUCUACCUGGCCAUGUGGGCCUGCGGGGCUCUGAGCGUGUCCCAGCGCUGGCUGCCCCGGGUGGUGUGCAGCUGCCUGUAUGGGGUGGCGGCCUCCGCCCUGGGCCUCUUCGUCUUCACCCAUCACUGUGCCAGGCGCAGGGACGUCAGGGCCUCCUGGCGCGCGUGCCGUCCCCCCGCCUCGGCCUCCCGAGCCUCCCCGCGGGCCGCGCCCGCCGCCCCCGAGGACGGGUCCCCGGCGUUCGGAGAGGGGCCCGCGUCCCUCAAGUCAUCCCCGAGCGGCAGCAGCGGCCCCGCCCCGCCCCCGGGCCCCUGCAAGCUCACCAACCUGCAGCUGGCGCAGAGCCAGGCGUGCGAGGCGGGGGCGGCGGCCCGCGGGGAGGGGGAGCCCGAGACGCCGGGCCCCCGGGGGAGCCUCGGCUCGCGCCACCCGAACAACUCGCACCACGGCCGCCGGGGCCACAAGAGCCGGGCCAAGGGGCAUCGCGCGGGGGAGGCCUGCGGCAGGAACCGGCUCAGGGCGCCGCGCGGGGGCGCGGCCGGGGCGGCCGAGUUGCCGUCGGGCGAGAGCGGCAGCCCGCACAACAGCCCGUCCGACAGCUACCCGGGCAGCAGCCGCAACAGCCCGGGCGCCGGCCCCCGGCUCGAGGGCGAGAGCACGCUCACGCCGUCGGAGGGCAGCGACACGAGCGCCGCGCCGCUCCCCGAGGCCGGCCGGCCGGGCCAGCGCCGCAGCGCCGGCCGCGACCACCUCAAGGGCGGCGUGGGCGGCGCGCUGGAGAAGGAGAGCCAGCGCCGCUCGUACCCGCUCAACGCGGCCAGCCUGAACGGCGCCCCCAAGGGCGGCAAGUACGACGACGUCACCUUGAGCGGCGCCGAGGCGGCCGGCGGCGGCUGCAUGAAGACGGGGCUCUGGAAGAGCGAGACCACCGUCUAGGCUGGGGGCGGGCGCCGCUUCAGGACGCGCGGGCCGCGCGCGCAGGAGACCCCGCUUCCCGGGGGCCCUCAGAGACGUCGAUCGGUACGUCCCCAGGAUUGAGGUAGAGGUGGCUCGCUGUGCCCGGGCCCGCCAGCUUUAGUCCCGGAGGCUGGGGAAAGGACAGGCACAGACCCGCCACGGCCAAGAGGGCCAUCCGUCUGGGGUAGCGACAGACAAUCCCCGAACCGCAGACAGGAUACGUUUCCGUCCCAGCGCAGGCUGGUUUCGGCAGCCCCUGCCGUCCAGGCUCGGGGGGAAGGUCCUGUGGGGCUGCGGAGUGAGCAAGAGCGGCAGGGACAGCACAGCUCAGGCGGGCUUCUCCUAAGGUACCCCCCGCACCUUCCGCCCCGCUCACGGGCGGCCGUCAGCCUUACCGGGAACACACAGGGGACGGGGGCCUGAGUAAGGUGUUCUCUCCUCGCUGCCCCCUCGGAAUCAGUCACCCACCUGAGCCCAGAUCCUAGGGCCUCUCCCCCACCCAGUUCUGGCUAACUAGGGAGCCAGCCUAGCAGAUGAGCCAGGUGACCAGGACCGAUGGGAGGUAACAAGGUGCUGCUUUUCGGAUCAACUAUGCAAAAGGAGAAGGUGGGGCAGUGUGAAAGGCAGCUGCAGGGAUCACCCAGCCCUCUGGAAGGGGGGCAGGUGGAAAGGUGCACCAUCAGGGCUGGAGGCCAUUCCCACAGGACUGGGACACACACCACACGGCAGGGCUCAGAGGUGGCACUUCAGGACAAAGCCCAGGCCCUACACCUAAGAAGCUGCCUGCCAGAUGCCUGGAGGUGAUGUGAGGGAAGCAGGGAGAGUUAGUGCUUAGAUCUGGGGCUGAAGCUCGUCCUGCCUUAAACCUAAUCCUAUUUAAAAAAAAAACACAAAAAAACGCUCUGAAGAGGGGCGCCACCGCCAGGCUGCAGGUGGUGCUGGAGAAGCACUUACUGUCCAAUCACAGGCCCAUAUCCCCAGUCUCAGCCCUCCACCCCGAAGGACUGACAAAGAGCACUCCCUGCCUACAUGAGGCCAUAGAGGAGAGCCUUUCCAAUGAUUUGAUCUCCAGCUCCAUAUUAGGGAGAAACCUCCAAAACAUCAAACCAGCUUCCUGCCUCCCGGAAGCCCAAGCCAAGUCCCCGGGGCAGUGGGCGGGGCCCCCUGCAGCUCACCUGGGGCCUGCACGUUCACUGCUUUUAAACACCAGCACGCAUAUUUCUCCCAACCUUAAAAGCAACCACCAGCCUUUGGUUACAGGAUGCAAUGCAAGUGGAGGGAACCCUGGGCCUCAUGAAAAGCCCCAGGGAAACCUCGCCAUAUCAUAUCACAUCAUAUCACCCCAGCCUGAUCACCAAGGCAAGAGAAGACAGAGGGGAAGGGAGAAAACCCACACGCCUUGGGAUGCAUCCUGUUAUUUAUGCUUGCUGCACAGACAAUAUUAGACAGAAAAAAAAAAGGCAAAAAAAAAAAAAAAAAGCUUCGUAUUAUUCUUCCA